AUGGGUAUUUCUGCUCACAUAUCUGUUGAGAUGUUCUCGUACUUGUAUCUCUUCGGCAUGGUUACCUUGGUUAAGUUAGAACAAAGAAUUCUACACUACGCAAUCGUUCCCCAGGUGGCCUUCUUCAGAAAUGAACAAACCGUUAGCUUCGUCUCACCAUAUUUCCGAGGAGGCAACUUGGAGCAAGCAAUACAGAAUGAAACGGACAAAACACCGGGAAAAACACCGCACAAACCGACGGCCAAACCACAAACGUUAAGUCUGCCAGAAAAGUUAAGAAUACUUCAACAAAUAUGCUGCGCCAUCAAAUAUCUUCACCAGCCACCAAAAUGUGACAGGAAAGCGGUAACCCACGGAAACAUUAACAUGAAAAACGUUAUUUUGGAUGAGCAAAAGAAUGCCCGAUUGUUAGUCUUAAAACCAAGAUCUGUCGAAGGAGUUGGGGAGGAACAGUUUACAGGGGACAAAAACAAAGAUGUACACGACUUCAAAGAGAUGAUAUGCAAGGUCCUGAUAGACGAUUCUAAGACAAAAGACAGUAUAUUGAAAUCCGUCUCGAAAAAGGCUGUGACAUUCGAAGACAUUUCAAAAAAUCUGGAGGUGAAUCUCAGACAAACUGGCAUAACAAAGUGGACAACUUCACAAGAGACUAGCAAGAAGUGUGAGAUUUGCUGCGUUAAUAAGCCCGGUGAUCGAUGGGGUGCUAUACUUAUAGCUGGCACAGAUAAAAAACCCGACGUAAGAAAACGUUUUGAAGACGAUAUAGCUAAGUUGAAAGAUAAACUCAUAACAGAAGUGACGGUGAUGGGUGUAAGGGAGAAAAACGUCAUUACAGUGACGAAGUCUUCAACACAAUACGAUGAACAACUCAAAAAGGCGUUCAACCAGAUUGAUACUUCAGAUAUAAACACCCUCGUAUUAUGUUAUUCUGGCCACCAUGGUGAUGCAAGAUUUGAAUUGGACUCGGAAAAUGGAAAAUAUUUAGAGGAUGCUGACUUAAUUAUCACUGGACGGGAAAUUGACCGUAUUCUUGCAUUUAGACCGGUUCGUUCUGGAUGGCUGAACGUGUUGGAAAAAUCCCUAAAAAGCAGCAAAUUACAAGUUUUGAAGACAAGACUGAUCAAGUAUAUAUUGCACGCGUACUCAACGAUUCCACUGAACCCAAUCCUGCAGCACAAACAUUCUAAGUUGGUUGACUUCUACGAACCUACAAAAAUGACAACCACAAUCGAGGAGACUGAACAUAAAGAUAGUAAAACCCGAAAGCCUUAUGAUGUACCAAAAACAGUUCAAAUGGAUCUAUCCAAAAUUGAGGAAUUGUUCAUCUCAAAUCAAUCUUACGGUUACAAAAGCCCAUCAAACACAAACAGAGUUUACAUCUCAGGUGAAGCCGGAAUGGGUAAGACCUCUUUUAGUCAAUAUUUGGCUUUAGCUUGGUGUGCUGUUCAUGGUGAGACUGAGGAGUGUGUGAGUAUGAGAGAGAAAAUGAAGAAGUUUAAACACUUUAAUGACAUUGAGUAUCUGAAACAGACACAGCUGCUAUUUCUACUUCAUUUGCGAAAGUUUGAGAAUGAAUCUGAUUGCAAGAAAAUGUUGAGAACAUACCUGCAAUCAGAUCUAGGAUACUCUAAUGAAGAUAUCAACGAACUGUUGUCUGAUAUAAACAGUCCAAAGACUGUAUUAUUAAUGGAUGGACUUGAUGAAUGGAAAUGUAAAGCAACUAAAAUGCCAUUGUAUACUUCAGUAUCCGACGCAAUUAUCAUUUGCACGUCCAGACCUUGGAAGAUAGAUUCCUGUGUUAUCGCACGACUGCAGGAUUACAACAAAGUAGUCAUCACUGGUAUCGGGUUUGAUUCUGUAGGAAAUCUUGUCCGCAAUGUAACGAACUGUUUUAGACUAGAACGCAUUGCUGUUCGUGACAAUACUUCGGACUUCAUUCAAACGCUUCGCGAUAAAGAACUGAGAACAAUUCUUAAUCUCAACGCGUCAGCAUCACGUGAGGUGCUCAUGAUACCUGUGCUUAUUCUUCUACUCUUGUGUCUCUGGCAUGAUGGGAAAGAUUUUGGAAGUACACGUACACAAGUUUAUAUAAACAUGGCUGAGGCUCUGUUACGUCGUAUGAAGAAAAAACAGGGUUUACAAUACAAAGAAACAACUAGCGAUUAUCAGUUACCAGUUUUGUUUAGAACUAUGGAGGCAAAAUGCUGUAUCGAACAAAGCGAAAACAUCGCAAAACUAUCAGAAAUAGCAUUUUGUUUGCUGUUCACUGGACAAACAGAACACUCUCUUCAGUUCUCAAAUAAGGACCUUAGUCGUUUAGGGUUGUCUGUGAGAGAAAAUCUAGAAAUUGAAAAAAUGUUUAAGGAUAUAAAGCAGUUUUGUUUAAACUCUGGAAAUAUUCGAGGAACAACCAGAAUGUCGAGUUCAAGUCAGGAUAAAAUAUAUAGUUUUAUCCACAAAUCGUAUCAGGAGUUUUUUGCAGCCUUACAUAUCGUUGCACAAAAUUGUGAUCAACACAUAUGUCAGGAAAUAGAGGCAAAUACCACAUCGCUACAAGAUGUGGUUGACUUGACGAACGUCUUCGACUUUGUAUGUGAAUUUGAUUCAAACUGCAUAGAAUCAAUGGUGUCAUUGAUAGAUGAGCUAACAACAAAACAUGCAAUGCAGACUGAUGAUUACAGGAGAAUCAACUUUAUUAAGACGAUGCAGGGUAUUAUUUUUGAAAGCUGUUUUAAGAAUAUAAAGGAAGGUAAAGUGUCGAUCAAUCUUUCGAACCUUGUUCUCAAUGGUUCAGAUAGGAAAACUGUAUUACGAAAUGGAGAACUCAUGAAUCUCCUAAGAACCAAUGAAAACAAAAUUGAAAGACAUCAUUUGGAAAUUACCUUGAACAAAACGUUUGGUAUUCUUUGUUUAACUAAUUUGUCCUUAUCAAGUGACAUGGACGUUUCUCAAUUUGAUAUGGAAGAGCUUAGACUGGUCAAAGUAAGGACAGAGUUCGUGAAUCUGAGUAAAGUUCAACGUCUCAAACGGAUUGAAAUUUGCUUAAAUGAACCAACCACUGUCUCCAUACAAUUCCAAGAUGCAAAAAAACUCAAUUAUCUCAAACUGAAGAACUGUUCCCUGUCUGGCCCAUUGGACCUCUCUCAGUGUCCACUGAAGGAGCUGAAGCUGAAUAUGACAAAGGUGGAGACAGAAACACUUGUUAUAACUAGUUGUGUACAGAAAUGUGAAGCAUUGAACAUGUGUUGUCCAUUUGACUUUACUAAUGCGAUCAAACUUACUAAUCUUAAUGUCAUGUCGUGUUCCCUUCCUGGCCCUCUGGACCUAUCUCAGUGUCCACUUCAUGAGCUGAAGCUUUAUGAGGUUCAGACAGAGAAGGUGGUCACAGGUUGUGUGGAGACAUGUACGGUACGGCAUAUGAAUUGCUCGUUUGAAUUUAUGAAUGCAAUCGAACUAACCAAUCUUAGUAUGAUGGACUGUUCAAUUCAAGGCUCAUUGGACCUGUCUAAGCGUCAACUUGUGGAGCUGAAUCUUCAAAGGGUUAAGACAAAGAAGAUGGUCACAGGUUGUGUGGAGACAUGUAAGGUUGUCGAUAUGAAUUGUUCAUUUGUAUUUACGAAAGCAAACAAACUCAGUAUGAAAGACUGUUCCCUUCCUGACUCAUUGGACCUGUCUGAGUGUUCACUUGAGGAGUUGACGUUAUAUAAUGUUGAGACUCAAAAUGUUGUCACAGGUUGUGUAAAGACAUGUACGGUAAUGCGUAUGAAUUGUUUAUUUGAAUUUACGAAUCCAAAGACACUGACCAAUCUCAGUAUGCAAUCGUGUUCUAUUCCUGGCCAACUGGACCUGUCUCAGUGUCCACUUGAAGAGCUGACUUUGCAAACAUGUUCACUGUCAGGCCAACUGGACCUGUUUAAGUGUCCGAUAAAGAAGCUGACUAUUCAAAAAUGUUUUUUGGCAGGCAUACUGGACCUUUCUCACUAUCAGUUAGAGACGCUGAUUCUUGAUGCGAUUAACAUAAAAGAGGUGGUUACAUGUAGUAUGGAGACAUGUACGGUAGGGAAUAUGGAUUGUCUAUUUGAAUUUUCGAAUGCAGUCAACCUGACCAAUCUCAGUAUAAUUUCGUGUUCUCUCCCCGGCCCGCUGGACCUAUCUCAUUGUCCGCUGAAGAAGUUUAAUAUGGAAAAAUGUUCACUGUCUGGCCAACUUGAUCUAUCUCAUUGUUCACUGGAGCUACUGAUACUGAAUCGUGUGACAGCAGAGAAGGUCACUAUUGGUUGUGUGAAUACAUGUUUCUUAAAGAGCAUGUCUUGUUCUUGGCAGUUAGUACAUUGCGGAGUACAGAAUUGUAUCCAUGAUCAGCCAUUGACAAUAUUUGAGUUAAAAGAAGCUUGUGACUUAACGUCAACCAUUGAACUGUCAAAAUCAUCGAUUGAACAUUUAAUAUUGAAUGAACCCAACAUAUCCCCGCCCGUGUUUGAAGACCAGAUGAGGCACAUUUACAGCUUGUCCCGACAUAUGACGUGUACGGUGAGGGGAUUGAAGAAGUUCUGGGAGAAGAUGGAUGUUGGAAAGAAAUUAAUGGAAGCUAUUGAAAAGAUGAAGACUGAUGGAAGGUUUUCCGUAAAACAGAACUCUCGGACUGUCACUAUAAGAACUAGACACUAA